CAAAGGUUUGUCAAACCAUUCUACGAGCCAUGAAAGCAUGGUCAGAUAAAACUUGCAUCCGUUUCAAGCAGAGGAGUGGAGAACAUGAUUGGGUUCGCAUUUUUCAUAACGAAACGCAAUUCGGAUGUUCAGCCGACAACGGGAGAAAAGGCGGAGAGCAAGAGCUUUCAUGCGGUCCUGGUCAGUGGCACCAUCGAAUUCUCAUGCACGAAUUAGGACAUGUUCUCACUCUAAAACACGAUCACCAGCGCCCAGAUAGAGACAAAUAUGUGAAAAUUAUUGAUCAGAACAUUAAGCCGGGAUUUGAAAAUCAGUUUGAAAUAAAGGACCGAAGUGAAUUCAACAUUUUGGGACUCCCGUAUGAUCGACAUUCGGUAAUGGCGUAUGGUGCGACAACAUUUUCAAAGGACGGAGAGAAAAAGACACUGAAACCAACCAAACUCUUAGGCGGUGGUAGGCUGAGGCGUGCAGAAAAAAUCAGUGAAGGAGAUGCAAUGAAAAUUACUGACCUUUACCGCUGUACUGGCUCCCGGCAAAAAACAAGCUGGCCUGUCGAUGUUUUUUGUGACUUCAAAGAUGAUGAUUGCGGCUUCGACUGGUUUCGACAAGGCACGUGGAAGUGGGUUCCGGAAUCAGAGAAGGGUGGGCACUUGAUAAGCUCUUCGCCGAGUUACAGGAAGCCACUGCCAAAGAGAGGAAACAUUUACAGUAUCAAUUUUCAUGGUUUGAGUCCGUUCGACCGUGAUCGUGGACCAAUGGGAUGUAUCAGUUUCGAGUAUUCGUUUCAAUAUACCACUAACGGAGAGAUUAGUUUGUCGCUACUGAAGGUGGAUGUGGACACACCCUUCGAUAUCCGCUAUGAAUCGCAUCGGUUGCAGAAUGUUCGAAUAUGGUCCCACAACGAUAAGAACCCAAAUCCUGCAAAAUACAUCCGAUGGUAUCAGGACUCUGUUCCAGCUAACGUGCAAGGCCCAUUCAGACUCGAGUUUUACACAUCCUUCGGCCAAAGGAUGAAGGGCGAUCAGGGAGGAGAACGGAUUGUGAUAAUCAAAAAUCUCGCCGUGAAAUACAGCAAGUGUGGCGGUCCCGGUGCCGAGAUCUAUCAAGAGAGGAAUCCACCGCCUGUCUUCGUUCAACAGCGAGAACGAGGCUACGACGGGAGUCAGCCCUGGUUUAAACUGCGAAGUCUUGGCAAAUCCUUGAACUGGCUCAAAGUUCCCUCAGUGUCAAAAUCGCCUUCAGAAAGGUUCUCACGAGCAGUGUCCCCGCAAUCGUCUUUCAACAGUCACGUGUAAAAAUGCAGUAAAUGCACUGAAAAAA